AUGAGCAUUGUAGGAUCUAGGUUACAUGUUUAUUUGCUAGGGCAGUUAGAUUCACUAAGUUUGAGAGCAAUUAAUAUGUUUUGCCUUGUCCCCGGCAAUGCAGAUGGUAUGGGAGACACUAGAAGGCGUGAGCUCUACCAGGCUUGUGCAGUCCUCAAGGUCCCACUUCAACAGGUGAAGGUCCUAGACCAUCCAGAUUUGCAGGAUGGUUUUGGCAGAGUCUGGAACCAUGACUUGCUGACAAAGAUCAUUGAAGAGGAGGUAUCUAGUCAUGGCAUUGACAUGAUUAUUACUUUUGAUAACCAUGGGGUUUCUGGUCAUUGUAAUCAUCGUGAUGUCCAUUAUGGAGUACGCAAGCUCCUGCGCAAUGUUUCACAAAGUAUUGAAGCCUGGGAACUUGUCAGUACCAGCAUUUUGCGGAAGUAUAGUGGACCUGUUGAUAUUUGGUUGUCCAUGUUAUUACCCAUGAAAUACCCUGAUGGGACGAUGCAUUGCCUGCUAAAUGAGCAUCCCCAGAAGAGCUUCCAUGCAAUGGCAGAACACUUGAGCCAAUGGGUUUGGUUCCGCAAGCUUUUUGUAUCAUUUUCCAGUUAUACUUACGUGAACACACUUAGAAAGAUCAAGGAGGAGGCAAAGCAGAGUUGA